AGAGGUAGCUGGCUCUCGAUUUGGUCAGGGCACAUGCCCUGGUUGCAGGCUCAAUCUCUGGUGUGGGGAGGGGAGGGGGAGUGCAGGAGGCAGCUAAUCUGAUUCUCUCUACAGGUAAAGCACCCUAAACCCUAUAUAAUGAGCCCUGAUGUAUUUCUCUCAUCAAUAUUUCUAUCUCUCUUUCCCUCUCCCUGUCUCUCAAGAAAAAAAUCAAUAAAAACAUUUUUUUAAAAAGUGGUACAGUGCACAAUGAAACACAAAUGUCUUCAGAUGGUGGCUUUUGUGAGACAGUCAUGGAGGAGUGGAGUGUUAUGGGGAGGAGGGGUCAGGGAGCCAGGCUUCUGGAGACAAAGCCCAGAAGUAAUACUUGUACCUGAAGCAGAAGCAGCUCCCUUCUCUCCCACCCUGGAAUUCAAAGACAGCUCAGGGAAGGAUCUGGACUUCCAAGGUGUGGAAAGGGGGUUUCAGACAAUUGAAUGGGUUUUUAAGGGACAGGGAGAUGUCCGCUGAGGUUCAGCUAACCCAAGUGAGACUUUCACUAAGGAAGUGUGAUGUGUAGGUCUGUCCUCAUGGGGCUCAUGUGUGGCCUCUCAGGGGCCAGGUUCUCUUUGAGGAUCUUAGGGGUUGAAUUGUGUCCCUCCACAAAUUCGUAUGCUGAAGCCCUAACCCCCAGUACUUCAGAAUAUCACCUUACUAGCGUCUUUAUGAAGGGAAUCAGGUUAAAUGAGUUCACUAGGGUAGGUCCUAAUCCAAUAGAACCAGUGUCCUCAUAAAAGUGGUAAGUUAGUAGCCAGGCAUGGAUACAGGGAGAAUGCCCUGUGAACAUGAAGACGGCAUCUACAAACCUAGAAGCCUUCCCUUCGGAAGAAACCAACUCUGCCAACAGCUUGAUUUAGACGUCCAGCCUCCAGAACUGUGAGGAAAUCAGUUUGUGUUGUGUAGCCACCCAGUCUGUGGUGCGUUGUUCUGGCAGCCCUGGGUCCCUAAUACAGAGGGCAGACAGUGGCUGUGCUGAGCUGUGUGGGGCUUUGGCCCAGAGUUGGGUGUUAGGGAAGAGCUGAGAGGUGAGCAAGGCUAUGUGUGACAAAGCCACCUCAGGGGUCUUGCAGGUCUUGCCAUGUCCUGAGCCUGUUGCUGCUAUCGAACCUCUGGACUCUGAAGCUGGGAUGCACUCUGUUCGAGGGACCUGGUGGACAUUCCAGACAUUCCCCUGCACCUUGACUCCCCAGCGGGAAGCUCUUUAUUCUGGAAGCUCUGAGAAAUGCUCCAACCUGCUUUUGAAAUCUGCACUUUCCCUCUGCCCCUUCUCUGUCUCAGGCUGAUGAGGGGAUGAGGACGAGACCCAUUCCUGGUCUCAGAGAUUCCCUGGUUCAGAGAUAGGAGGAGCCAUGGUCAGAGUUUAGGGAUCUGCCCUCCCCUCCCAGAACCCUUAGACCUCCCUCUUCCUGUCUUUCUUCCUUCUCUUUCUGUUUUUGUCUCAUCCCCUCUCCCCACCCCACACUGUCAGUUAGCCCUACUUCAUUCUCUAGGGCAGGUCCCCCUCCCCCACCUCUCCCACCCCCCAGGCCCGCGUCUGCUGCUCUGAAAUCAGCUGACUUCCUCUGGUGCAGAAACCUCAGGAACUCUGCUAGCUCUGUGUUGGAAGGAUGUGGGAGAAGGUGAUUGGCUCAGUGGGGGCCUUAAAAGGAGCUGCAACCAAAGGGAUUCUGGAGAAGAGGCUGCUCCUCUGAAACACUUCUCAUACCUGUUCCUCGCCAUCAAGCCACAGCCCCCUGAACCCUGAGCAACCAUGUGCUACUCCAAGACAUUCCAAGAAAAUAUUGAGAAAAUGAGGAGUGAAAUGCACAAGGAUGUAGACACAUUCUGUGAUUUAGUCAAAUCCAAAGAAGAGGACCAGGUCAACAUAGGCCUGGAAGAGCUGGAGAUCAGCAUCAAUGAGACCGCGCUUGAUACCAUAUUUGCUCACUGUGAGAACAACCAGGAAUCUACUCCCUUACUUCCGGAACAACAGCAGGAACUGCGUAAUAGAGUCCGUAGCAGAGUCAGCCCUGGACAGAAACCAGGCCCGGAGCGGGACUCUGAGCCAGAAGGAUCGCCCAACCAAAAUCCAGGGUCCAAGAAGCCUGGGGAGAGCUUUUGUGAACGGGUACUGAGGGGGUUCCGAGAGAUGCUAAGUCGCCUGCAGAAGACCUGGCAGGCCGUGCUGGCCUGGGUGAAAAAAAUGUGGGCCUCCUUUGUCAACGUGGUGAAGUCCAUCUGGAGUGCGAUUAAGGAUUUCUGCUCCCGUGUGGCAAAGUACUUCUCAAGUUUAUUCCUGGCCUAAGGAGUCCCAUGAGGGCCUGGAGGAGCUCAGUCACACCUCCCAGCCCUUUGAUUCCCCCCCCCCCCCUUCUCAGAAAGAAUCUUCUGGAGUAACAUUUGCUUUCCUGCUCACCCUUGACCCAUCCUCGACAACCUCCCUCACUUCCACCCUGUUCACAGCCUCUCCACCUAGCUUGCCUGGGCUUCCUUCUCUUGCUACAGCAUUUUAAUAAACGUUGGUUCGCCUGGGGAAGGGGCAGGAGUGGGGUGGAGGAGGUCAAUGGGGAGAAAGGGGGAUCUGUAAUACUUUCAACAAUAAAGGUAAUUUGCUUCAAAAGUU